UUUGCCCAUCUUGCCUUUAAUGAGUUAAGCCAAGACCUUCUUGAGGAGAUCCUUUCAUGGCUCCCAGCUUCAAGCUUCUUCCGUCUGCGUUCAGUGUGCAAAAGAUGGAGCUCAGUUGCGGCCUCUCCAACUUUUAGCAUUUCCUGCUCUCAUAUUCCUUUCAGAGAUCCAUGGUUCCUCAUGGUUGAUCAGGAUCUCGACCACUCCUUCAUCUUAGACACCAGUGAAGGAAAUUGGAAGCGUCUCAAUAGGCCAAGCUGCUUCAACCAAAGCAACCAGGCUAGUUGGAUUGCCGUAGCUUCGUCUGGCGGUUUGGUCUGCUUUCGCAGCAACAUGGGUGAAUUCAUGGUAUCCAAUCUUCUCACUGGCGCAUGCAGAGAAAUCCCUCCUGCUCGUGAGACACAACCUCUUCUUGCAGUUGCCGUGAGCUCAUCUCACAGUAAUUCAUUCUCAUACAGAAUUGUGCUUGUUGCAGGGGAGCUCCCCAACUUACCCUACAGAGUUUUUGACUCGGAGCAAAACCAGUGGGAGGAUGAGGUGAUGUUGGCCAGGAAGCCUGAAGGUUCACCGGAAACAGACUUGGCAGGUGAUACGGUAUACUUUCUCAACAAAUCCGGUGAUGUGGUGGCUACAAGUAUGCAGAGGAACCCAUCCAGGCAAUUCUCAGCUGUUCUGAGCAUCAAAGAUGGGGAGGAGAUAGUCUAUUUCCUUAGCCAUUUGGGCUUGGUUGUGGCCUGCAACAUCGCUAAAAAUACCUUCCAUGAGUACCCAAUGCUGCUGCCUGUUAGCUCUGAGUAUUCCGUUGAUGUUGUUCUUUGCAUGAAGGAGAUGGUGGUGGUGCUGAUGUCUGAUUUAUUUGAAACGGCCAGUCUCAGGUUAUGGAGAUUCUCUGAGGCAAAGAGAGCAUGGCAACAAGUCAUAGCCAUGCCCCCGGUGAUGUCUCAUGAAUUCUAUGGUAAGAAAGCCGACAUCAACUGUGUUGGCUGUGGGGAUAUGAUCUUUGUAUGUCUGAACUCCAGUGAGUUCAGCAGAUGUGUCAUAUUUAACGUGGGGACUAAUGAAUGGUUAGAACUGCUUAAAUGUUUGUGAAUGGUAAAACUAAGGAUUUUAUAUCUGCCUUCACUUUCGAGCCAAGACUGGAGGCUUCUGUAUGAGUGUGAAUUUGUUUUUAUUUAUUUUUUUCGUUUGAUCUGAGAGCCUGCAAGCUCUUCAU